UGUCUCUCCAAAUCUAAUGAAACCUCCUGCUCUAGUUUUCCUUCUCUUCCAAACGUUGAAGAUCUCUUAGCAUUUCCCAACUUGUCCAGGAGCUGACUCAUAGCCAAGUAAGAAACCAGAAGCUUCAGGGAUGACCUUGCAACAUCAGCUGGCUUCUGGCACAGAAAACCCUGCCCUGGGUUUUGUGUCCAGCAUUCGUGCUCUAUAUGCUGCAGUGAAAGCAGGAAGAGAAGAAGAAAAAGAAGAAGGUGGAGCCAUGGCUGCUGUCCUUCUCCCAGGAAACCUGCAAGAUGAAGCCACUUGCUCAGUUUGUCUGGAAUAUUUCAAGGACCCCGUGUCCAUCCAAUGCGGGCACAAUUUCUGCCGGGCUUGUAUCACCAAGAGCUGGAAGAGCCUGGAGGUGGACUUCCCUUGCCCUCAGUGCAGGGAAGUGUUCAAGGAGAAAAGCUUCAGGCCCAACCGACAGCUGGCCAACAUGUCUGAGAUCAUCAGCCAGUUCAUCCUGCAUGGUGGGAGAGGCCUUGAGGACGACAGGAUCUGCGAGAAGCACAAGGAGGCCCUGAAGCUUUACUGCAAAGACGACCAGAAGACCAUUUGUGUGGUGUGUGACCGGUCCCGGGACCACCGACCUCAUGCGGUGGUGCCUGUAGAAGAGGCAGCCCAGGAAUACAAGGAACAAAUACAGACUCGCUUGGAUUUCUUGAAGAAAGAGAGACAGGAACUCCUGGAAUUCAAAACUCAGGAUGACAAGAAGAGCCAAGAAUUGCUGAAAACCAUAGAAACCGAGAGACAGAAAGUUCUCUCUGAAUUUGAAGGGCUACGCCAGUUUCUCCAUGAUCAAGAACAGGUUCUCCUUGGACAGCUGGACAAGAUGGAGAAGGGCAUUGUGAAAAGACAGAAUGAAAACAUCACAGAGCUGUCCAAGGAAAUUUCCCUCCUCAACAAAUUCAUUGCUGAUCUGGAGGACAAAAACCAAGAACCAUUGCUUGAUUUCCUGAAGGAUGUGACAGCUAUUAUUGCCAGAAGUGACAAAGUUAAAUGUCAGAAGCCUGUUCCAGUUUCCUCUGACAUGAAGGGCCAUGUCUCCAACUUCACUUUGAAGACAGUGUCGCUCAAGGAAGUACUUAAGAAGUUCAAAGAUCAUCUCCGGGAUGAACUGGGGAAAGGUGAGAAAGAGGACUUGCUUCUGGAUCUGGAGACCGCCAACCACCUCCUCCUCAUCUCGCCGGAUCUCAAGACGGUGCGGAUGGGUUGCCGCAAGCAAGACCUCUCUGACAGCCCCAAACGCUUUGACACCAACUCUCGAGUCCUGGCAAAGGAAGGGUUCAAGUCUGGGCGGCAUUACUGGGAGGUGGAGGUGGGAUCCGCCGACGGCUGGGCCUUUGGAGUGGCCAAGGAAUCGGUGCGAAGGAAAGGGCUGACUCAAUUUUGCCCCGAAGAGGGCAUUUGGGCCCUACAGCAAAAUGGAGGGCAAUAUUGGGCAGUCACCACUCCUCAACGCACCCCGCUUUUUCUGAACGAGAAGCUGAUUAAAAUUAGAGUCUACUUAGACUACGAAGGAGAGGAAGUGUCCUUCUACAAUGCUGACACCAUGCAACACAUCUUUACCUUUAACAUCGCCUUCACAGAGAAGAUGUUUCCGCUCUUCUCAGUGUGCUCCACUAUAACCUAUAUUAAACUUUGCUCCUGAGACGAAAAGGAUGCCUCGAUAGAAACAGGAAGAAGCCCUGGUGAUGCAAGUGCUACUUGUUUUGAUAUGGGGCUGACCUCCAAGGGAGACACAAGGGUUGUGGGGAAAACACGUGAGAAACCUGGCCACCUUCAGAUGGCAGUGGGGUUGAAAACUAAAUCUUGGACAAAGUUGCAGAAGAUGCCACCAAUUUAUCUACGCCAUGCAGGAGUCCUGUUAAUAGCCUUGGUGUUUGAGCUUCUGUGUCUAACCCAAUCCUAUCACACAGUUAGGUAGGAUUGCAUCUCACCUGCCUUGAAUGUUGAGAAGAAGUGUAAUGGUUCCCCUUCCUUUGGAAUAGCUUCCUUUGGAAUAGGGAAUAUGACAAAGAGAUGGUAAAUUGUGUCAAAAUUGCAUACAGGACUGUCCCCACCCUCUAGCUGCUAUGUCUUUCCUCCAAAAGAGUUACAAAGGUGAUGUUUCGCAACAGGGAAGUGAUGGCUGGAAGGCUUUCCCUUGUCCGGUUCUUUCUCUCCAGCAGGGUCUCUGAUUUGAUGUUAAUACAAACACCAAUACUAACAGAAUAUUUGUAGCUCCAGGUUGAACCGUGGUGCCCUUAGUGCUCUCUGAAUGGGGAUGUUUUCUUGCAGACAUUUCAUUGUCCAACUAGGUAACAUCAUCAGUGCUAGAAGGGGAGUGGGCUUUACUCUCUGUUUUAUAUACAAGGAUUGGUGGGAAUGUUCUUGGUAGUUCCUUGAUUAGGCUAUUCUUUACCGCUCGAUUGUUUGUCUCAUUUGGUAAUGCCUCGAUUGGGGUAUUGUUUACUGCUUGUAAAUUGCUUGUAAACAAUCAAGGGUAGAGAAGCGUCUGCAAGAAAACGACCAAGCUCAGAGAGCAUCAAAACCCCCACAUAAACAUGGUUCUUGAACCUUGGUAUAGGAAAGGCAACUGGUCAAGAGUUGCAGGAAAGGGUAAAAUAAUCUGUGUCCUCUCUUUCUCCCUCCCUCCCUCUCUCUUUGGCUUCUUCUCAAGGUAUCUUAGUGGAGGAAAGAGAAUGCUUGGGGCAUCAAAAUAUAAGAUGCCCACAUACUGUGCAGUUCCCAGGGGCAGUUGAAGAAAGAUUUCAUCCUACAGAAUCACACACAAUUAGAGCUAAUGUUUCUAUUUACUAUUAAAAAAAUAAUUACUUUUCUUAAGUUUAUUUUUUUCAGCUUUAGUUCUUGGACUGUGGGAUUUCUCAAUGCAAAUGAUGUGUGGCUGGCUCUUGAAUGCAGGGGAGAUUCUCUUUGAUGUGGCCUUGCGGGCUUUUUGCACUUACUGUACCUUGCAGUACAGAAUUGAUUGCUUGUGUGAAGAGGCUUUUGCAAAUAAAUCCUGAAGAUGCGGAUGGAUGCCUGAAGACACCUGCCCUUGGGCCUUGUAUAUGUGCACCCAGAGAACAGCAAGCCAUUCCCUUUGU